AUGCCAAAAUUGGAACAAUUUGAAAUUAAAAAAUAUUGGCAAAUAUUCUCAGGUUUGAAACCUGUUGAAAAUAAAGUUAACCAUGACCAGGUGUUACCCAUCCUUUACAACUCUAAGUUGGAUUCAUCAAUUCUUAAUAAAAUAUGGUUUUUAGCCGAUAUAGAUGAUGAUGACAACCUGGAUUUCGAAGAAUUCGUUAUUUGUAUGAGAUUGAUCUUUGAUAUGGUUAAUAAAAAUAUAGAUAAAGUACCAGAUGAGUUACCAGAUUGGUUAAUACCUGGCUCAAAGGCAAAAUUAGUUAAAGAGAGAAAGCAAAGAAAACAAAUUGAAAACGCAGAUAUUCCAAAAGUAGAAACACCAAAAAUUGAUUGGUACAUUUCUCCUGAGGAUAAAAAAUCUUAUGAAAAUAUACUGUCUGGUAUACAAACAGCCACAGAUGGUAGUUAUUCAUAUUCAUCCACAACUCUAGUGUUAAAAUCUAAAUUCUUUAAUAUCGGCACAUCUGAUUUUGAAAAAACUUGGAAAUUAGUAAAUCCAAAAAAUUUUGCAUCCAUUGAUAAAGAUCCAACUUUAUAUUUUAUCCAUAUCUUAAGGCAGCGUAACGAUUUGGGUUGUAACAUUCCUUCUGAAUUACCUAAGGCAUUAUUGGAUUCCUUCAGCAAAGAAAGGGUAACAUAUGAUUUAAAUUCUAAUCAAAGCCAAGUAACAAGAUCAUCAAAUGUUCGUUCAAAUACAAAUAUGAGCCAACAUACGAUUGAGGCAAUAAGAAUGAAUGAAAUUCCAAGAGGUAACCCAAAUGAUGCAGCUUCUUUGGAGAUUGAAUUAAAUUCUUUGGAUGCUGAAUUAAACCGUAUAAGAGAUGAAAUAACAAGACAAGAAGAUACAAUUUUAAUCAGAGAACAAUUUGAAGGUUUGUUGAGUUACAAAGAACAGCAAUAUCAAAAGAGCAAACAAUCGAGCAUGUCACCAGUUAAAUUAAAUGCAAAAUCUAUUUCAGAUGAUUUAAGUAAUAUUGAACAACAAGUUGGAGUACUUGAAAAUUAUUUAGCAGACAAAAAAGUUGAGCUCCAACAGUUAGAGUCACAAAUUCAAUCAGUAAAUAAAUAG